AUGGAGCGACCAACCACGCCCGUAGGCCUGAAAGACGCCUGGAAGGAGUACCCCUCCAUCGACAACGCCAAUGGGCGACUACUCAAGAAAGUUAACCCCAAGGACGCGGAGGGGCGCUGGGUGGCGCUGGAGAAGGUGCACGGCUCCAACUUUUGCUUCAUCUCCAACGGCACCGACCUGCUGGCCGCGCGACGCAACGCCCUGCUCGACCCGGUGGAGACCUUCUUCUCGUGGCAGCUCGUGCGCGACAAGUACGCCACCGCCUUCCACGAACUCUAUCGACUUGUUCGCGACCUUCCCGACCACUCCGACGUCACUGAGGUGUGCGUGUUCGGCGAGCUGUUCGGCGGGGUGUAUCCGCACCCGGAGGUCCAGGAUCUGGGCCACCAGCCCGUCCAGAAGGGCGUCUACUACACGCCCGACCUCGACUUCUACGCCUUUGACAUCCAGCUCGUCCGGCCCGCCGUCGGUGAUGGCGGUGAUGGCGGUGGUGCCGGUGGUGGCCAGGUCGUCAAGUCGUGGCUCGACUUUGACCGCGCGCUGGAGCUGUUUGUGGCGUGCGGCCUGUUCCACGCGCGGCCGCUGGUCGAGGGCACCCUGGCCGAGUGCUUCGCCUUCGACAUCCGCGUCAACUCGACCGUGCCCGCCCUGCUCGGCCUGCCGCCGCUGCCCCACGGCCACAACCAGAUGGAGGGCGUCGUGAUCAAGUCGGUGCACAACGUCGCGCUGCCGAUGGGCAAGCAGCGCCCGGCCGGCGCCGGCGCCGGGCCGCGCGCCAUCUUCAAGAAGAAGAACGCCAAGUUCGAGGAGGUGAACCCCAAGUGCGAGAGCCGGUGGGAGGUGCAGCGAAGGGUGAAGAAGGAGGCGGUCGACACGGUCUACGAGGAGGUGGAGCGCUACAUCACGGUCAACCGCCUGCACAACCUCGAGAGCAAGAUGGGGCCGGUGACGCGCGACAACGCGGGCGAGGCGGCGGCGGCGCUGGCGGCCGACGCGAUGAAGGACCUCAUCGGCGACUACGAGGAGACGUGGGCCGUCAUCGAAGAAGGCGUGCGCGAGGUGGUGCACAAGAACGUGCGCUCCAUGGCCGCCCAGUGGCUCAACGUCCACCUCAACAACGCAUCUACUUGA